CAAAAAGGCUUCGGUGAGAAGGACGCACCCGUACCGCCAACCUCACUUGUCCGGAUUACUUGGACACCACAAUUUUUACAACCAUGCCCGCUGUCGUAGACGCUUUCAAGAAUCUCAUACGCAAACAUCAUCAUCAUCGGCAUCCUGAAUCUGACCCCCAGCCAUACACGGCAUCUGUGGAGUCAGGUCACCAGCCACAACAUCGACAGCAACCACAGGAGUCGCAGCAGCAGGCAAAGCUCCGAGCUGAACAGGACUCUCAGAAACAGCAUCACCCUGAGAAACAGCAGCAGCCUGAGAACACACCUCAGCCUCCACCUGAUACCCGGCAUCAACAAAUCAACAUGUCUGUACCUGAGGAUCUAGAGCCAAAGAACAAACUGCCCACCUACAAAGGCUUGGAUAACUUCAAGCUACUGGAUAAGAUGGGAGACGGCGCAUUUUCGAAUGUUUACAAGGCAAUAGAUCUAACAACUGGGCAGACAGUCGCAGUGAAAGUUGUUCGCAAAUUUGAGCUGAAUGCUUCGCAGGCCGGCGAAAAACAUCUCAGUAUCCAAUUCAAGAAAAAGCCGCGCGUAACAGAGCGAGCCAAUAUUCUGAAAGAGGUGCAAAUCAUGAGGGGAACAAAUCACCCAUCGAUCGUAAAGUUGAUCUCAUUUUCCGAGUCACCGGAAUACUAUUUUCUGGUUAUGGAACUCAUGGAGGGCGGGGAGUUGUUCCACCAGAUUGUCAAGCUGACGUAUUUCAGUGAGAACUUAGCAAGACACGUCAUUCUCCAGGUUGCCCAAGGUAUCCGCUAUCUUCACGAGGAACGUGGUGUUGUACAUCGCGACAUCAAACCGGAAAAUUUGUUAUUCGAGCGGAUACCCAUCAUUCCUUCAAAAAGUCCCGUACAACGUCCGUAUGACGAGGAAAAGGAUGAUGAAGGCGAAUUUAUCCCAGGCGUUGGUGGAGGUGGAAUCGGACGAAUCAAGAUCGCAGACUUUGGCUUAUCAAAAGUUAUAUGGAAUGAAGAAACGAUGACGCCAUGCGGAACUGUUGGCUACACUGCCCCCGAAAUCGUCAAGGAUGAGCGUUAUUCACAAAGUGUGGACAUGUGGGCACUUGGCUGCGUGCUUUACACACUCCUUUGCGGGUUUCCACCGUUCUACGACGAGAGUAUCAAUGUUCUCACAGAGAAAGUUGCUCGAGGAUAUUACACAUUCUUGAGCCCGUGGUGGGAUGAUAUUAGCCAUUCUGCGAAGGAUCUCAUUCAACAUCUGUUAUGUGUGGACCCUGCUCAGAGAUAUACCAUAGAUGAGUUCCUUGCUCACCCAUGGUGCACCGCCGCUCCUGCUCCACCACCACCAAAACCACCCACUCCGCUUGUUUAUGCCAAUUCUCCUCCACUCGACUCACCUCUGCUUGCGGCUGCUCGUGGUGGCGUGUUAGAGGCUCGUUCUCCUGGUCUCGCGACGCUCAAGGAAGCAUUCGACAUUACAUACGCGGUCCACCGUAUGGAAGAAGAAGGUGCGCGUCGGCGGGCAUACAACGGUCGUGGCGGCGCUGGCACCCGAGGAUUUCUGCAUGGGCUUAAUGAGGACGAGGAAGACGACGUCGAUGACAAAGUCCUCGUACAUGAUGCACGAACCAAGAGAGGGGAGCUUGAGACACGUGCACCCCUACAGUUUACACAGGGUGGGUUACCUGGCGCCGGAGCAAAGACCGUCGCAAAGCGCAACGUAAUCGGCGGACCUAAUCAAGCUGAUCGUAGUCUUUUGGAUGGCCGCGCAGGCCCGAGAGAUCGCGGUCGCCGUCAACCCGGUGGCAAAGGUUUCCAGUUAGAUAUGGACAACGCAACCUUACUCGGCCGUCGCAGUAAGAAGGUGGCAGGUGCUGGUGGUGUGGCGGAGUCAAGUCCGCUAUCGCACGCUGUCCACGUAGAUGACAACUCGUUUCCGCCUGGAAGUCCCAUGCGGAUUGUCUGAUGUCGAUGACCAGCUGUGAGGUUAGCAAUCAUGUUUCUGUCUCUGCGACCUUAGCAGACUGUUUAUGUUCCUCGGGACGUAUGUUGACAGACGGCUUGCAGACUUGAUACCACUUAUUCACUGUCCCUCACAGUAUUCUCUCACCGCCUUUCAACCAAUUCCUACCGAGCUUGCUUUCAUCAAUAUAAUAUCUUCAAGUACCAUAGAAUUCUUUUCCUUUCAAUCAUUGCGGUUCUACAUUCUCGCCUAGCAUGGAACAUUCGCACAUACUGGCACAUACUGAUUAAUUAGUUGUUCCUGUUCCAAACAUGUUACUCUGUUGUUUCUUUUACAUAACUGUUGUCCCCCGCAUUUGUAUUUCAUAAACACUGCACUGUAGUACAUGCAAACUUCAUCUUAAUGACAU